AGGGUUAAGUUUGGAAUAGCUUUGUACGUUAAGGCGAGAGUCGUCCAUUGGUCGACUAGGCAAUAUGGCGCGAAAUUCAAAUUGAAAAAUGACAAUACGAAAAGAAUGAUCAAAAGGGUAGAGAAUUAUUAAAUAGAAUUUAGAAGUAGCUGGUUAAUUAAGUUUGGAAAAGCUUUGUACGUCAAAACGAGAGUACUAUGCGUCCAUUGGUCGACGGUAGUGGUCGUCGAUGGGUUGGCCAAUGGGAAAUGGCGUCGUUCUUGCGGGGAGAAAUAAUGCAGUCGUCAAGUCAAGGGAGCAGUCUGCUCGCGAUAAUUGUGUAGCAAUCUAGCAAUUGACAGUGCAGUCGAAAAUAUCGUGCAUGUAGGUGCGUCUCUCAAUUCGAUCAAAAAUUACAGUUUAAUUUACAAUGUCAUCGCCUACACAAGUGUUAAAAAGUGUCGGGCCAAAGCUAGUCCCCUUCUUUAAAAGCGUGUCCGUGUAUUUUAUAUUACUGGCCGAGCAACCGUCACUACUGACGGCGUGUUUCAAGUGUUUGCCAAUUAUAAGUCUUAUCGUCUUUGUUCUUCUACACGGAAUUAGUUUAUCGCAGGAAUACACCUUCUCCAGGAGAAUAUUGACGGGACUGAUAUUCAGUUGUAUGGGCGACGCUCUGUUAGUAUGGCCGAGUUGUUUCACGCCUGGAAUGUGCAUGUUUGCCGUCGCGCAGAUAAUGUACAUCAGCGCGUUCGGUUUUAUGCCACUUAACAUAAUGUUAGGUACAAUUCUGUACGCUAUGUGCUCGCUAGUCAUAUACACAUUGAUGCCUGGUUUGAAUGGUAUCCUGGUUGUCGGAGUUCCAGUUUACACUGUGUUGUUGACCACGAUGGCAUGGAGAGCCAUCUCACGAGUUCAAUUUUACAAGGAAUUGUGGACGUGGACUAAAUUAUGCAGCUGCAUCGGGGGCAUAUGCUUCCUCAUAUCUGAUACCUUGCUGGGGUUCCACUACUUCCACACCCCGUUGCCUUACUCGCAGGUCUCCAUAAUGCUGACGUAUUACGCGGCGCAAUUGGGGAUAGCGCUGAGCGCGGUGGGUUCUAAAAAUAACAAUAACGGUAGCAAUAACAGAAACGACGCGGAUCAAGUAAAGGGCUGAGAGGAAAGUCUUCUGUGUGGCUGUGAAUAUUAGGUUGGCUGAAAAGUUUAUUCGGUUUGUCUCUAUGGUUGCCUUCGCAGUGAUUAUUACUACCUUUGUGCUCACAACUUCUACGAAUGAGACUUUUACUAAAUCAUGAAUUUCUCUUUCGCAUGCCUCAGAAGAUGGAGAAAGAUUGAUAGAAUAAAAUGGACAUGUUAUAGAUUAAAAUAGGUACUUGUCUAGGUUAAUCGAUGAACUUUUUGGCCAAUCCGAUAGUAUUUGAAUGGUCUGUCUCACACCGCUCAAAACGACUAAUAUAAUAGAUAUCAGUAUUUAAACAACUAUUCUAAUAAUUAAUUUGCAUAGUAUCAAUUGCAUAAAUUUCUCUGAUUCCAACAUUAUGUGAAAUGAUUUUCACAUACGAUCUACAUUCAAUCCUUUUGAGCUGUACAUUACAAAUGGGAGACCAUACAGUUUACCUUACUGUUAAUAUAAUUGUCAUUUUAAGUAGCUAGAGUGCACUCGAUCGGAGUGACGUAUAACAAUGAAGAAACAGAGAUCACGUGGAUCACGAAUCACGAUACUGCCACACUAGGCAACUUUUUAUCCUCUUGAGUCACUGAUACGCUAUAAAAGAUAUCGUGACUUUUACAAUUUGUUUUCGCUCCUUUUUU